GGGUGCUUGAAAGAAAGGGAUGAGCGAGGAUGAGAUUCCAUGGAGGAAAUUUGCAGAGAGAUGAAUGAAGAAGGAAGAAGAUCCACACUCAAACAUCCACCAUUUUUGUAUUCGUAGCAAGCUAUUCCUCAUCGUCUCUAUUGGUGAUUGUUGCAGUGGAAACUGUUCGGAAUGUCUGGAUCGAUGUUUAUCUUCGUCAAUGGUGUUGCAUCACCUACCUCCGCUCCUCCGGUGUCGAAAUUGCUUGAAUCCCACCCUGGUGCUUACACUACCUUUAGAACUCAUAACGAUGGCUUAGAAUUUCUGUUCUGGGAAAGGCAUUUACGCAGGCUUGCUAAUUCUGCGAGGAUUCUUUUCUAUUCAUGUCCAAAACUUUUAUUUCAGUCAGGAAUAAAUUCGAAUUCAGUAGCCCUGCACCAAAUGAAGCCUCUGGAAUGGGAUUCAUUCAUUCAGUCUAGUGUUAAUGAUUCAAUGAAAAAGGCAAUACCCUGUGCAUUGAAAGAGAGGAGAAAUGAAACAGAAUUGGCAUUCACAGCUCUUGUGAGUGGAAACUUAAAGAAAUUGAUUCAAAACGAGAAGGUAGGUGAAGAAGACAUCCAUAGGGUUUUUGAUAUGCGUCUACAUGUUAGUCUAUAUGCUCCUCUUGUAUUUGGAGUUCGGACAAAUGGUGCUCAUCUGGCUGUUGUGGGCAAUGGGAGGAAGACUGCAAAUGCAAAGUACUCAAAUUGGGUUAGGAUGAGGAAACCUUUGGAGAAGUUGAGGCCUCCGUCAGCUACUGAGCUAUUGCUAUCAAAUGAUGGAGAUCGGAUUCUUGAGGGCUGUUUGACAAAUUUUUUUGUUCUCUGUCAUAAGGAUAGUUUAGAAGAAGACAAUGGAUGUACAGAGAAAAAACUGGUGAAAAGUAAAUAUGAUCAUUCCAUUGAAUUACAAACCGCUCCCAUAAGUGAUGGUGUCCUUCCAGGAGUAAUACGCGAAGUGGUCAUUGAAGUAUGUCUGAGAAUUGGAAUCCCGAUUCGAGAAGUUGCUCCAUCAUGGUCCAAGCGUCACUUGUGGGAAGAAGCAUUUAUUACAAAUAGCUUGAGGGUUUUGCAGCAUGUGGAAACAAUUCGAGUUCCGAGUUCAUGGAACUCACUGGGUUCUAAAACCUGGAAGGACGUAAUGUGGGAGGAGAAACGAUUUGAGGAGGGUCCUGGGAGCAUAACCGUGUUAAUCCAGGAGGCUGAAUUAUUGGCCCUCAAUGAUAUCCCCUAAUGAAUUUUGGGUCCAUUAAACCAUUCUUGAUCAAACAAAAGCAAUCAUCAUGGAGAUACAAUGGUGGUUAUGAUAUACUUAUGUGCUUUAGAAGCCAUUAGUGAGUUAUGACCCUUUUCUCCUUUGGGUAAGUUCAGGGAUCCUCUUUUCGAAAAUAAGCGUCUACUUUCAAAAUAGA